AUAUAAGUGGUAAUCCUUUUUGGAAUCAUAUUCUACCACGUUCCCAAACCGACUAACAUUUCUGAAACUGUCGUACCAAAAUGGCACUUAAUUUGGUCGAUGUUAAAGCUAUAUAUGCCGAAGACAAAAAGCUGAAAGAAAAGGACGUCAAAGCCCUUGUCAAAUGGGUUCAAGACCAACCCCAUUUGCCCAACAUUGGUGAUUUCGAGGCUAUCCUUUUUUUGAAAAAAUGCGAUUAUCGCCUCAUCCAUUCUCAAACCGUGAUCGACACCUACUUCACUUUGAAAAACCUGUGGCCUGACGUAUUCCAGGACAGGAAUUGGGCAAAGUCUCCCCAACAACAAGGAAUCCUUGACACGAUGAUAAUCAUGACCCUUCCUAAGAGAACUCCUGAAGGCUCCACCAUAAUUUUUAUGAAAGCUUUGAGCGACAAAAUGGUCAACUACAAACUCGAAACUUUCUUCAAAUACGUGCAUUUAGUUUGUAUGUUGGACGUGUACCAAAAUGGACCACCGAACGGGCACAUCAUCGUCCAAGACCUUCAACCUUUCCCGGCAAGUUUCGUCCCUAAAAUGGAAUAUGGACCUUUUAAGAAAUUUUUCUACUACGACUACGAAGUCCUGCCGACCAUACAAAUAAAAGGGAUGCACUUUUUUAACUCGAACCCGAAGAAAGAUGAUAUUGUUGGGGUUUUGGAAUCUGCUGCUUUGAAGUCGCUUUUGCCUUUAGUGAUUCCUCAUGAGUCGGUUGACGAUUUGGUGAAGCAUAUUCCCAAGGAGUGCUUGCCUCAGGAUUAUGGUGGUUUGUUAGAUGCUUCAGAUGCUUUGCAUGAGAAGAGCAAAAGCGAGUUGUUGAAGAACGGUGCCUUCUUUGAGUGGCAAGAUCAGUUGACGGUUGAUGAGAGUAAGAGACCAGCUAACAACACGAUUGCUCAGAAUAUGUUUGGAUUUGAAAAAUAGUCAAACUGGGAAAAUGUCUCUAGUUUGAGUUGUUCCUAGGGAUACAUAUCUGGAAAAAUUGGUACUUGUUGUAGUUUUGUUGAAAUUAAAUAUGGUGAAAUAAA